AUGCGCGUGCAGAAGAACAUUAAGAAGACGGAUCUCGAGGAUCUCCGGUCAGUCGUCUCUUUCGCAGGGGAUGAGUUCGAGCUCGACCUGUACCACCCCGUCGGGGGGCUGGCCACCGGGUCCAGCGGGCUGUUCCUCUGGAGCCGCAGUGGGCGCCUCACGAGAGAGCUCCAAGAUUCGCGACGCGGGGUGGCCAGCAUCCAAGAAGUGGAGGUCUGCGGAGCUGUCAACGCAGAGUACCUGGACGAGGCCUUGUCGGCUGGCGUGGAGCUGGGUGUGACAGGCUUCCAGAGGACGUACACUGCUAGCGUCUUGGAGGCGCAACUUCUUCGGGACUCAUCCCUACAAGAGCCACGGUCCCGUGUCACGAUAAUGACAAGGGACGGCAGGUCGCAGGUGCCGGGCAUGGUAGAGAAGUGCGGCUACAAGGUUGUGAGCCAGAAGCGGACCCAGGUGGGUGGUGUGUCUCUUGGCGACCUUGAGGUCGGUCAGCUGCAGGCAGCCACCGAGGAUGAAGAGGUCUGGGCCUGCCAGCUGGCAGGCCUGCCGGCAUCGGAGUAUCCUGAGACUUCUCGGCCACCCGAAGCCGAAGACAAGGACGUGCGUGCACCGCGCGAGGGACAGAGAAGAAGGGGCAGGAGGCCUCGAAGGCAGAAGCCUGCCGAACGGAAGUCCGGGCGUGCAGCGUGA